CGCGCACACAGAUGAUUGUUAUAAAAAAAACUUUUUAAAGAAAAAAAAUUAUCUUCGUAUCAUCAAAUUUGCGAUUGAUUCUCUCAUUUAUGAUUGAUACUAUUAUAGUAUACAUGUACCCUGAUGAGCAGUUGUCUGUGAACAUUUUCACUUGAAUUGUUUUUGAGAAACUUUUAAAAUUGAAAAUUAUAAUAAUAAAAAUGAGUGGAGUACAAGCUAUUAAAGGAAUGGUUGCAUUAGUAACCGGUGGUGCAUCGGGUCUUGGACGUGGUGUUGUUGAUCGUUUGAUUCGACAAGGUGCAAAAGGUGUCGUAGCUUUGGAUCGUAAUCACGAAGAAUCCAAAUACGAUAAUCCAAAUGUAUUGCCAAUAACGGCAAAUGUAACUGAAGAAAGUGAAAUACAAAAAGCAUUGGAUGCUUGUAAAGAAAAAUUCGGACGUCUUGAUGCCGUUGUCAAUUGUGCUGGUGUUGGCAUCGCUCGACGUACUUAUGAUUUCCGUAAAAAUCAACCACAUUCAUUGGAUGAAUUUCAAAUGGUUAUUGAAAUCAAUAUGAUCGGUACAUUCAAUGUAUCACGAUUGGCUGCCGGUAUGAUCGGUGCAAAUGAACCAGUGAAUGGUUUACGUGGUGUCAUCAUCAAUACAGCAUCGGUUGCUGCAUUCGACGGUCAAAUCGGUCAGAUUGCAUAUUCGGCUAGUAAAGGUGGUAUUGUUGCUAUGACAUUACCAAUGGCACGUGAUUUUGCACCACAUGGUAUACGUGUAAUGACUAUUGCACCCGGUUUAUUCGAUACACCAUUAUUGGCUGCAUUACCUGAACCAGCUCGUAAAGCAUUAGCAGCAACAAUUCCAUGUCCAUCACGUUUGGGUCAUGUUGAUGAAUAUGCACAUCUUGUACAGGCAAUCAUUGAAAAUCCAAUGUUAAACGGUGAGGUUAUCCGAUUGGAUGGUGCUUUACGUAUGCAACCUUGAAUUGUUUACAGAAAAUCAAUCAAUCAAUUUUAUAAGAAUAAUAAUAAUUCCGCCAAUUACUUUUUUAUAUAAUGUUUGUUUAUGGGCUUUCUUUUAUAUAGAGAAAAAACAAUUUCAAAUAAAAGCGAUAUGAAUGAUAGUUA